AUGGAGUGUGAGUUGUCAUCCUUGUGUGAGGGUCUGAAGUUGACAGAAGACGAGCAACAGGAGGUGGUGAUCAGCAAUGAAGAGGUUUUGUCUUCUGUCAAUAAGAGUAAGCAUUGUAUCAUGUUCUGCGUGAUGUCGGAUAGAGAGGUUAACAGAGGUGCAAUCAAGAGUACACUGUUACGAGUGUGGCAAGUGGAAGGUAAGGCAAUUAUAAAGGAUGUGGGGCGAAACAAGUUCUUACUUGAGUGCAAGAAUGUGACAGAUAAGAAGAGGAUUAUGAAGGGGCGUCCGUGGUCCUUUGAUAAGAAUCUUGUUUGCGUGCAAGAUUGCGAAGGUUUCAAUUUCAUAAAGGAGAUAUUGUUUAUUAAGGAACCUUUUUGGAUUCAGUGUUAUGACUUGCCUUUUGCAGGCAUGAAUCAAAUCACUGGUUCAAACAUAGGAUCAUCUGUGGGGGAUGUUCUUCAAGUGGAUACAGACAGCAGUGGGAUCUGCUGGGGUCAGUUUUUAAGGAUUAAAGUAAUGGUAGAUGUAACUAAACCUCUUGCGAGAGGACGAUUCCUUACGAUAGGUGACAAAAAGCAUUGGAUUUCUUUCAAAUAUGAAAGGCUUCCAAAUUUUUGUUAUUAUUGUGGUAGGAUUAAUCACUCAGAAGGGCGUUUUGAUAAUUUGGAUCAUGGAAAAGUCUCUAGUACAGGCUUUGAUCAGCAGUAUGGUGCUUGGCUGAGGGCAAGCACAAGGAACUCAGUAACAAUUCCAGUCAAUGUUAGUGGUCUGUCAUCUCCUAGUGGUUCAUCGGAGAAGAUCCGACGUGAAGAUUCCGGUGGGUCUCACUGUCAGUUAGCUAAUAAUGGCAAGGCUUCCACCGAGGCAGAAAUCAAGGCAAGAGAUAAGGAUCUGCAUACACUUAAGGAUGGUGAGAAAAUUUCGGAUGAUGUAUUUGGAAAGGAUGAUGGGGUAUCCAGUUUAUGGAAAGUGGAUUCACGUAGACUUGAAACAUUAGGAGCAAUCUACGCAGAAGAGGAAAAUGGGGGGGCUGUUUCAUCCUUGAAGGAAAUACUUUCCAAGUUAAAAGCUGUUGAAACUGGCCCUACAGCUUACUCCCAAAGAUACAGUUCAGGAUCCAUGUGGAGAAGUCAGCAGUAA